CCGCCCCCGCACCGAGCCUCACAGCCAAGCGCUGGCUAAAGCUAGAGAAGGUCCCGGCGCCUGGAACACACCAUGCCCAAGUGGAACGUCCGACGUCCCGGCCGCUUGCUAGGACUGCUGCUGCUGGUGAUCUUGAGCUUCCUGGUGCUCCGCAGGUUGAACUGGAGCAGCCUGGCCCCCUCAUGGCUGAGACACCGGCAGUUGGGGCUGCAGGCCAAGGACCAGAACUUCAUGCUGGAGGACUCGGCUUUCUGGAUCUUCGGGGGCUCUGUCCAUUACUUCCGAGUGCCCAGGGCAUAUUGGAGGGACCGGCUGCUGAAGAUGAAGGCCUGCGGUCUGAACACCCUGACCACCUACGUUCCCUGGAACCUCCACGAGCCAGAAAGAGGCAAAUUUGACUUCUCUGGGAACCUGGACAUGGAGGCCUUCAUCCUGCUGGCUGCAGAGGUUGGGUUGUGGGUGAUCCUUCGUCCGGGCCCCUACAUCUGCAGUGAGAUUGACCUCGGGGGCCUGCCCAGCUGGCUUCUCCAAGACUCCAGCAUGAAGCUGAGGACAACUUACGAGGGCUUCACGAAAGCAGUGGACCUUUAUUUUGACCACCUGAUGGCCAGGGUGGUGCCACUCCAGUACAAGAAUGGAGGACCCAUCAUUGCUGUGCAGGUGGAGAAUGAGUACGGCUCCUAUAACAAAGACCCUGCCUACAUGCCUUAUAUCAAGAAAGCCUUGGAGGACCGGGGUAUUGUGGAGCUGCUCUUGACCUCAGACAACGAGGAUGGCCUGAGCAAGGGCACGGUGGAUGGAGUGCUGGCCACCAUCAACUUACAGUCACAAAAUGAGCUGCGCUUGUUACACAACUUUCUCCAGAGUGUCCAGGGCGUCCGGCCCAAGAUGGUGAUGGAGUACUGGACGGGCUGGUUUGACUCAUGGGGCGGCCCCCACCACAUCCUGGAUACCUCAGAAGUGUUGAGGACAGUGUCUGCCAUCAUUGACGCUGGCGCCUCUAUCAACCUCUACAUGUUUCACGGGGGCACCAACUUUGGCUUUAUCAACGGAGCCAUGCACUUUCAGGACUACAUGUCUGACGUCACCAGCUAUGACUACGACGCGGUGCUGACAGAGGCCGGGGACUACACCCCAAAGUACAUCAGGCUCCGGGAACUCUUUGGCUCCAUCUCAGGUGCCUCUCUCCCUCUCCCGCCUGACCUUCUUCCAAAGGUUAGGUACGAACCAGUGGUGCCAGCUUUCUACCUGUCCCUGUGGGAUGCCCUGCCCUACAUAAAGGAGCCAGUCACCUCAGAGAAGCCGGUCAACAUGGAGAACCUCCCGAUAAAUGAUGGGAAUGGGCAGUCCUUUGGGUACACGUUAUAUGAGACCACCAUCACCUCCUCUGGCAUCCUCAGUGCCCUUGUGCGUGACCGGGGACAGACAGGACCCCCUCUGCCUCCCUCUGCCCACUUGGUGUCCCGCCUGCUCCCUUGGCAGGUGUUCCUGAACACGGAGACCAUAGGGUUCCUGGACUAUAAAACCAAGAAGAUCCCCAUCCCUUUGAUCCAGGGGUUCACGAUACUGAGAAUCUUGGUGGAGAAUUGUGGGCGAGUCAACUAUGGGGAGAACAUCGACAACCAGCGCAAAGGUCUCAUUGGAGAUAUCUAUCUGAAUGAUACUCCCCUGAAAAAAUUCAAGAUCUACAGCCUGGAUAUGAAGAAGAGCUUUUUUCAGAGGUUCACUGCGGAGAAGUGGGACCCUGUGCCUGGGGUGCCUACGUUGCCUGCCUUCUUCUUGGGGGCUUUGUCGGUCACCAGCUUCCCCUAUGACACCUUUGUGAAGUUAGAGGGCUGGGAGAAGGGGGUUGUGUUUGUCAACGGCUAUAACCUUGGACGCUACUGGAAUAUUGGGCCCCAGGAGACCCUCUACCUCCCAGGGGUCUGGUUGAACGAAGGCAUCAACCAGGUCAUUGUCUUCGAGGAGAUGAUGCAGGGCCCAGUGAUCCAGUUCAUGGAAAUGCCCUACCUGGGCCGGCAGCAGUACGUGGAAUGAGCAGCUCCAGACCUGCUGGCAGAGCAGCAUCAGAUGGCUCCUCUUCUCCCUUGCUCCCCCACCAUCUGGGUGCUGCUGUCUCCCACUUCCUGUUUGGAGUGUCCCUCAGGCUCGGCCCUGUCCCGGCUGCAGUUCAGACCUUCACCCUGCUGAACCCAAGAAGAGGGAAGGACCUGCUCUUCCCUGAAGAGUUUCCUGACUGCUCUGUAGCUGUUGCCUUCUGAUUCCCCUGCUCCCUUGGGGGCAGCAGGGGGCGGGAGGGAGAGGGUCUCUGGGUGGGACUGAUAACACCCAGGGCUUGGGAGAGGCCCUGCCGAGUGGGGCACGACUCUGGGACCCGGUUUGCUCUAUGAAUGUCCCCCUGGACCAGCCAUGCGCCUCAUCCCUGUGGCCCCCAUUUCUGAGCUGGCAAGCAUGUCAACCAUUUGUGGAGGAUGGGGCCCCUGAGCUGGUGAGUUCCUUGGUCACAGUGCCCAGGCCUUCUCUGCAAUUCUGCAGGUCCACUGGAGGGACUCCAGCCCCCUUUCAUUCCCACUCUGAAGGCAUCUGACAGUCAGAAAUAUUCAGCACCUGUCUUCUGAGUUAGAGUAUUUCCAGCCUCACUCCAAGAGAAGCAGCAUCAGCUAAGGAGGAGAGGGAGUUGUUCUGAGAGGGUUCAGGAGGAUGAAGGCAGAAGGCACAGCUGCGGGGACGUUGGCAGGAAUGUUGUGGUUCCAGGGCCAGGUGACAGGGGAGGGGCGUCCUUCCUUCCCAGUUGUCCAUCCAGACCUCAGGGCUGGUCCAGGGAUCGAGUCCCAUGUUUUGGCUCAGGUGUGCUCCUCUGCAUUGCAAUAAAGCAACGGAGUUGAAUUGGA